AUGGACGGUAGUCCGGGAGUAGCGGUCGCGGUGCCGUGCCUGGUGCUGUCGUCCGCAGGAGUCCCGCCGGUGCCCACCGGCAAGGUGCGCCCGGAGGCCGGCGGGGCGCUCGAGGGCGCCCUUUCGGGCAGCACCCCCUUGGCCAUCGUCAAGCCGGACACGGGCGAGGUCGCAGUGAUCAACACACGGGCCGACGACGCGAUGCCCUUCGGCAGCGCCAGCUCGCAAGUCCUGGGGGAGGGGCCGGACGGGCCCCGCCUGGCGUACGUCCGCACGCAGAACGGCGACGCCGCGCCGAUCUUGAUCAACGCGGAGCUCGGAGGAGUGGGAGAGAAGGCCAAUCUCGAGUCGCCCGCGUCCAUGCUUUGCGCCGGGCGCGCCGCGGGGGACGUCUGCGGCCCGCAGGGUGCUGCAGGGGCGUACGCCCGCGGCUGCGGGGACGAGUCGGAGCGCCUGGCCCAGUACAGCGAGACCCUGGCGCAGCUGAUGCAGCCCGAGGCGUGGCCCAACGACUCCAGCACGUCCGAGAACACGAACCAGGACGGCGGCAGCUCCGCGGGCGACCAGGGCAGGGAGCAUGACGCCAGCGUCGAGCUCGGCACGAGCUGGUUCUGCCAGCCGGGCGACGAGCAGGCCGCGGCUGGAACCCUGCAGGGUCCGCACGGCGUGCACUACAUCCUGGGACGGCUGGCGAAGAGGCCGAAUGGGGUGCAUGGGGAUUUACAGGAAGAAAUGUACGUGCAGGCGGGCGGCGUCCACGCGCAAGCCGUCGCCGGCGGGGCCAUCGUGCGCGUGCCCUGCCGCACCCCCUGCGACGGGCUCAAGGCACAGCGCGUGGAGCCCGUGGUCCCGGUCUUCAAUGACAGCGCCGAGGGGCAGUUCGCUGGCGCGUUUCCCUUGGAUUCGGAGAAGAGGAUUAAGGUGCAGGGCGGCGAUGCGGCGGCUGCGGCGGCUGCGUCCUACUACGUGGCCUGCCAGCAGAUGAAGAAGCCGCAUCCAGAAGAGCAGCAGCAGCAGCAGCAGUUGGCACUAUUGUGGCAAGCCUACCUGUCUGGUCUGUACAAUGGGUAUGGCCUGGCCUCGGGGCCAGGUUCUGGACAAACCCUGCCCCAGCCGCCUCCGGCAAUGCCUGCCAUGCACUCCACGUCUCUGCCUCGCGGUUGGAUGCUCAAUGCCAAUGCAGUUGGUGGCAUUCAAGAGAUUCAAGAAAAUGAGGGCGAUGAACGCAUGGAGGAACUAGAUUACAGUGGUCAGAAGCGCUCCAGAGUGGAUGCUGAGCCGCAUGGCGUGAAGCUGCGGGUUUCAAAGAAAGGGAGAAAGAGGGCUGAAGAUCGGGUGUGCAGUAACUGCACCACAAGGGCUACUCCGUUUUGGAGGAAGGACAGGCACACUGGAAAGCCGCUGUGCAACGCCUGCGGAUUGUAUUUUUCAAAGAAUGACGUCCCCCGGCCUGUCUCCCUGUGGCGAAAUGCUGGAGGGUCAGGGGAGGCUUAG